AUGCCCUAACAACUAAAGACUAAUUACAAUACUAUGCCUUUCUCAAAUAAUAACGGUGGUAAUUCGAAUAAGCCUAAUUUUUACAACAACAGAAUGAAUUUUAUCGGCUAGUAGUCUUAAAAUUUUUACCCUAGCUAGUAAAAUUAGAAUUAUAGAAUAAUUAAUUGCAAUAAUGGUAAUUAUAAUCAGAAAAAUAACUAUUACAACAAUAACGCUCAAAAUAACAAUGGGCAAAACAAUAAAUAGCAAUAUGACUCAAUAGAUAGUAAUCUUUAGCAACUUAUGAUUAAAGCUCUUUUCGAAAAAAAUAAUGAACUAGCUUCAAGUCAUGUAGAAAUAACCAAAAGUAUGAUGGAUUGCUUUAGAAUCGUAGGUUAAAUAUUUUCUCCCAUUGUAGACUAACAAAAUCAAGAGAAUCUAUAACUGAAGAGACUUAUUAGCUAAAGAUUAGGAAUUGAUGCUGAUGAUAGAAUCAUCAUGCAGCAGAUUUAACAAAGUUAGAGCAAUAAAAGGCCUAGAGCUGAGUUUAUUAAUAACCAAAUAAUUAGAAAUUAUCACUCAUAAGAAAGCCAUCGAGAUGAAGUUAAUCCCAAUAACAAUUUUAGUAAUUUUAAGCAUUCAUUUAGCAAUAUCUAAUAACUCUAGGUAAAGAGAACAAGUAACAAUAUGCAGAAUAUGUAAACCCAAAACUCUAUUCUCGAAAAAGUUGCUAAUCAGUAAAAGCUAUUUGGAGAAGGCAUCUUUAAUGGAAAUGCAAAUCACCACCUUGACAUUCAUUAGUAAUAAAUUAUUAGGUAAACAUCAAAUAAUAACUCAUUCCUGGGUGCUGUAAUGAAUGAGACUAAUAGUAACGAAGACAUAGCAUUUUUUAAAGGCAAUCAAAAAAUGAGUAUAAAUGAGGAUAGUUUGAGGAAAGGACAGUAGUUUCUGCAAAAAGACUUAUUUUAUGAUAGUGAUUUGGAUUUUGACCCUGAAGCAAUUCUCUAAAAGUCUAAGUACUAAGUUGAAACAUUCAAGCAACUACAUCAUUAGCACAAACAAUAACUAGUAGGGAACAUCAAAAUAUUGAGAACCAGAGGGCUAAUUAGAAUUAAAAGAGUUGCCCUUCAUUUCCAGGAGAAAAUUGAAUAAAUGAAACUGUACAUUAGUUAAUACACAUUUUUAGCCUGCUCUUAGUCAUCUUCAGAUUCUGAAUUUUCAGAUGAUUAGAGAAAUACCUAGGAGGAUACAGAAUUUUAGUACUCUCAGCUUAUAUAAUUACAAGAAAAGAUGCAUUACUUGGAAAUGAAGGCAAAAGCUUUUGAAAAUUAUCAGUAUAAGACAUUCAGUCAAGAAAUAAAUGAUAUUUCAACAACUUAUCUGUUGCAAAACUCGAAAAUAGUAAAAAUAUCAAUAGAGGAUAGUAUUAUAAAGCAAAUUCUGGGACUUGAGCCAGCUUAAAGCAGUUCAAAUGUCUCUUUUUAGGAUAUAGACUGCAAACUUGAGUUUGAAAGAGCCAAGGAGCUCAGAAAUUUUCCAUUCCCUCAAUUAAAUUCAGACGAAAAGUAGCAGAAAUACAAGAUUAAAAAUUCGACUCAUUCAAUAAAUAUGAAAUUUCCAUGCUUAUGUUGCUUAAGACAAUAGCAAAUAUAUCUUGAGAACAGAUCAGCCAAGCAAAUAAUAAUUGAAUGCGAGAUCUGCUAAAACUAAAAGUAUAUAGGCCACUUUGAACUUCAUAAGAUUCUCUCUACAAAUCUGCAAGGUGUCGUAAAAUCAUAAGAAUUUGAUCAGUAUUGGACUGAAAAUUAGUAUAGUCAGAUAGUUUGGAAACUUAAUGCUUAUUAGUAAUUUUUCAAGAUUUAAUGCCUUAAUUUCUACAAUACACUUGCUGCUCUUCAAUAAAGAAUGAAGAAAGAGUUCCUGCAGGCAAAGAAAUCGUUCUUCCAAAAGGUUAUUCAAAAAGAAGCUUCAAUUUCGAGUCAUUCAGUCCUAUAUAUAGCUAAUAUAAAAAAGUCUAAAGGCAAAGAGACAUAGAAUUCUUAUAUCCUAGACAUAUGUGAUGGUGCUUAUUACAUGAAAUGCAUUGUGUCUGAGAAAGUAGAGAACUUUCAAUGUGAUAGAAUGAUAUUGGAAAUGAUUAAUAAUGGGUAAUUAAAGCCAGGUGAUAAAUUUCACUUUUUCGGAAUUUACUUAAUGAAUAGACCUAUAUUGGAGCCACUAGACUAAGAGCCUGAAGUCAAAUCAAGCCAUCAUUACCUCUAGAAUAAGCAUAAUUAUCAUAUGAAAAUAAACAUCAAUGGAUUUUUAAAGGCUGCAAACGAUCAAAUUAUUGGAGAAUAGAAAUAAGAUCCUUACUUUAUUAGGCAAAUAUAGCAUUUGAUUUAGAGUUCAAAGCAAAUACCCUGCAUUGAUGCUAUCGUUGUGAAGAAAUUUUAGCCAUACUUUUUAGAAGAAGCUGACUUUGAUGAUACAAAUCAAAAGACUAAAAAGAAAAGGGUUCUAAGGUCAAAUAGAAGUAUGGAGAGGUUAAAAACAAUUAAAAUAACUUAAAUAGAAGAAAUGCUUGAAAGAGAGAUUUAAACAAAAUAUUCUUCUAGGGAUUAUUAUCUAAUGAGCUAAAGUGAAAGGCAGUAACUUGAUGAUGAAAUAAGAUAGCAAAGAGAGGAUAAAAUGAGAAUCCUAAAUGACAAAUAUAAGCUUUGUUUUAGAGUAAAACUAGUCGAUUCAAUUAGUUUUUAUUAUGGUCAGUAGCACAAUCAAAGAUAAAUAAUCAUGACAUUCCUUAAUUCAAUGGAGGAUAUUUUUUAAAGUAUUGAAGUAGGGCAGAGAUACAGAUUUUUUAACAUCAAGCCUGACAAUAUGAAUUUCAAUGGUGUUAAGUAGGUCAAUCGAGAGUGCCUGUAUUUGUAAUUUUAAAAAGGUAAAUCUAAAAAGGAGAGUUUUGAAGAUAUAGUGAGAUAUCAAUAUUAGGUUCUAAGUUCUGACAUUAGAAAUAAACUUGCGAAGAUUAAUGAAUACAGUAAAUCCCUGAUCCCAAAGCUAAAUCAACCAUUUGAGUUGCUCUAGAAGAUAGCAUAAAUUAGUAAAAUAUAUGAUUAGCAAAGGAUCAAUAAUUUCAAAAACUGCAAUGAGAUAAGCUUUGUAGGUUAUUUAGUAAGGACAUUUUUCAAGCAGCAGACUUAACAAGAUGGGAUUGAUAGUAUAGAGAGUGUUAUAUUCCUAACAAGUGAUCUUGAAAUAGUGUGUCUCUCAAUGCAUGAUCAUAAUUUUUUCCUUCGAACAUCAAUACCAAACGAUUAAACAAUUGUUAUAUGCGAUGGAAUUAUAUUCUAGCAAAUAGGAAAGAUCUCUUUAGAUGAUAGUUCAAAUAAUAUACUGGGUGAUCAGAUGAUUGCUGACUCUUUGUAAAGUUAUCAAAACAGCCUUACCAGCACUGCAUUUAGCUAUAGAGAGUUUUAUUAUCUAAUGUGCAUUACCAAUAAUACAACUUCUAUCCUGACUGAGAGAGAAAGGAGGACUCUAUAGUUUCAAGAUGAAAUGAACAAGAUGAAUCGUAUCAUGAAUAGUGAAGCCUUCAAAAACAAACUAAAGCAAAUUUAAAUGAUAAUAGGAAGUCGAGAGUCUUUAGGGCAUGUAAGCAACAGUGAUUAUGACAGAUCUAAUAACAGCAAUGGCAACUCUUCAAUGAGGCCAUUUUUAGCAAAUGGUACUAUAAAUACUACUUCAUAGUUUGCAACAGGAACUUUGCAAAAUUACAAAACUCUAUCACCAACAAACAGAUUUUCAAUGCAAAUUAGAUCAGCAAACAACAAUAACUUAAGUCUCGGACUGCAAACUAAAAAAACUAAAACAAGCUUUAAAGGUAUAACAGGAGGAGGCAAACUUGCUGAGUCAAUCGCAAGAAAUCAAGGUUCGCCAAAAAGAGCAGGGAGCAAGGAGAUACAGAAGUUUUAGAGUUCUUAAAAUGACAAAAAGCCCUAAGAGGAGUAAUAGUCAGAAAGCAUUAUGUCUGAGGAUGAGCAUUAAGCUAUGCAGAAAAAAAUAAAUGAAAAGCUCUCAUAGCAGGGAGUUUAGGAUGGAGUUAAUUCUGAUAUUGAGGAGGAUAUUAAGAGUGUGCGAAAGCCAAGGAGCAUAAAAAAGUUAUCAGAAAUUUAGGCAAAUAAUAACUCAAACUUUAGCAACAUUUACAUUGACAGAAGAACAAGAGGAGCUAAAAAGAGGCACAUUAAUAAUUACUAGCAAAACCAGCCAACUCAUUCAUUGGCAUAAGAUGAUUUAGAAAUAGAACUUGAAAAUGAAGACGAGGAGUAGUAGCUGGAGUCUCAAGGAAUGAAUGACAGCAACUCAGAGAUAUUUAAGUUCCCUUUUGAAGUAAUUUCAAUUCACAGUGAAAGCCCUUGCAAAUAGGAUUAAUUAAAUUGUUAGAAUAUUUGA